GCCUCACGCAUUCGUUUGAGUUGUACAUAGGAAAAAAAAAAGCUUUCGCUCGCUUGGAUGGAAUUGAACCGGCGACCUGGAGAGUCUGACAAGUGUCGCAACCGCGUAUCGCUAGAUCAGCAGUCAAUGGAAGCCCGGCAUUUCAAAUUUGCUCGAUAGGGUUCCAAGGCUCUUCCUCUUUUCCACGCUCUCUCUCACGCGCUGUCCACCGAUCGAUCGAUCAAUCAAUUCGAGCUCCGGAUCACGCCAGGUGUGCCUUUGGUCUUUGCUUCCUCCUGUGGCAGGGAUUUCACUCAGGGAAUGCGACUGGGAUUGUCGCGGCCAUGACAGUGGAGGUGGUUGUGGAAAAUGGAGGCGCCGAGGUGUCGCCGGUGGCCAAGAUUGUCACGCUGGAUGUUAAGCGGCAAGGCUCUGCCGAGAUUAACGUUACUCCCAAUCCUUCCAUGGAGGAUGAGGGCGAUAGGAUCGAUCUAGUCAGAGAUUCCGAAGGGAGAUGGGUCGUGCGGUGGUGGAAGGCUCGAAUUUCACGGCCUUUCAUGCUUAUCGUUCGCAGAGGAACUGAGCCCAGGCAACUUGCCUUUUCUGCUGCUUUAGGCGUGACACUGGGAGUUUUCCCGAUCUAUGGUCAGUUUUUUCUUCACGAUCUCUUUGACUUGGCCCAGAAAGGGAGAAAAAAAUUUGUGCUUGCUGACUUUACUUGGCUCUUCGUUUUUGUAGGUGUGACGUUAUUUUUGUGUGCGAUCGCAGUUUGCGUUCUCAGAUCCAGAUGCCACGCUCCAACUUUGAUGCUCACAAAUUUCGUUGCUACUCCACUAGAGCUCGCGCUGUUGAUCCCUUUCCUGCGGCUGGGAGAAUGGCUAACGAACGGUGGACACAUAAUGCUCUCGUCCAACGCUCUCUGGAAGGCCGUCACUGGAAAAGCCACCAAAUCUAUACUUUUAAGCCUUCUCCAUGCGGUAAACACAAAGAUGGAUCACAUUUUUAAGCGAAGAUGUGUGAUGUCUCAUUCGUUGGGUAGCUGACUCCACUUAACUGUUUAUUACAGCUUGUUGGCUGGGCUGUCGCAGCACCUGCGAUCAUGGCCCUCCUGUAUUUCUGUUUCUUGCCCAUAUUCAGCUGUUUGAUCCGGAGAUACGGAGCAAAAACCGACCCCGGUCUUCAGAUUGGACUUCUCGAAGAGGAAGAGCAGUAGAGGUGAGACUGAUUUUUCUUGCGAGCUAACAAUUUGUUUAUUCCAGGGAUACUUCAAGCUAUCGUUUGUCUUCACUAGGAGCUGAUUCGUCCUCCUCGUCGGUGCCUUUCUCUGGUGCCGCUGGCGGAGGAUUAACCAAGAGUUGAAGACCAUAGAGCGCCAAUCCAAUGGCGUCGGCAGCGAACACAAAGGUAGCGAGGUAACAUAUCCCACUUAUAAUAGUUCUGCAUGAGAGGAGAAAAAAAGAAAGAACAGUUUCGAGAGUUAGAGACAAGGAAGACCUCAGGUGCGAAAGAGUACCUCACAGUCACCGCAAUGUUCCUUGUCUGUGGUGAUCAAGGCACAAGCAUGUCAGCGGCAGAAACUUGCAUCAAAGUUUUCACUUACAGCAUAUUCUGUUGGAAGUGGCUUUGAAGCGAAGGAGCCGGUCACUGCCGUGGUGCACUGGUAGAGCACAAAAGCUAUUGCGCCGGCCAAGAGAGCUCCAUACAGGGUCUGCUCAAACGAUGGUGGUGGCUUCUCCACUACCUGGUUGGCGAGGCUAGCGAGCGCAUUCUGCUUGGCCUGUUCCUUCAAAGGUUUCUGGAAAAAAAGAGUUUUUCUUCUAAA